GGAAACAUGGCGUCCCGGUGCAGCCUCUCUACUUUAUUUCCUAUCCAAAGUCAGCUGGAUGUCGCCCUAGAUGACGCCACGACGCCGCAGGAGAAAGAAAAUUUGGUGCUUCAGUAUUUGAAAGUACUAGACGAGAGAGACGACCUGAAGAUACCUGAUUUCCAGACAGGCUUGGAAUGGCUGAACACGGAGGGGCCUCUGUCUUUGAACAAGGAGCUGGCUGGCAAAGUGGUGCUGCUGGACUUCUUCACUUACUGCUGCAUCAACUGCAUGCACAUCCUGCCUGAUCUGCACCAGCUCGAGAAGAAACACUCUGUUAAAGACGGACUGGUUGUUGUUGGUGUACACUCUGCCAAAUUCCCAAAUGAAAAGGUCCUCGCCAAUGUUCGCAGCGCUGUUCUCCGCUACGACAUCUGCCACCCAGUGGUCAACGACGGCGAGGCGCGCCUCUGGCAUGAACUGGAGGUGUCCUGCUGGCCCACGCUGGUCCUGCUCGGACCACGUGGCAACCUGCUCUUCUCCCUGGUGGGCGAAGGCCACCGUGACAGGAUGAUGCUUUUUACUGACAGCGCCCUCCGUCACUACAGGGAGCAGGGCCUGCUGAAGCCUCACUCGGUGGGGAUCAAGCUGUACAGAGACUCCCUGCCACCCAGCAUCCUGUCUUUUCCUGGGAAGGUGGCCAUAGACAACAGCAAGAAAACACUGGCCAUAGCAGAUACUGGGCAUCACCGGAUUCUGGUGGUGUCCUCUACCGGUCAGCUGUCGCAUGUCAUAGGAGGACCUGAAAGUGGGAGGCACGACGGCGACCUGUCUGAGGCUUCCUUUAACUCCCCUCAGGGUGUGGCCAUAAAAGGAGACACGAUAUACGUGGCCGACACAGAAAACCACCUGGUCCGAAAGAUUGACCUGUUAGAGGGAAGAGUCAGCACUCUAGCUGGCGUAGGAGUUCAAGGCACAGACAAAGAGGGUGGGGCCAUGGGACCUCAGCAGCCAAUCAGCUCUCCUUGGGAUGUGACUCUCGGCACCGCCGGUGGCGUUGAAGAUAACGUGCUGUGGAUAGCCAUGGCAGGGACCCACCAGAUCUGGGCUUUGUUCCUAGAAGAUGGGACUCUGCCCAAAGGGAGUGAGUCCAAGGCGGGGACAUGCGUGCGAUGGGCAGGCAGCGGCAACGAGGAGAACCGAAACAACGCCUACCCACACAAGGCCGGCUUUGCUCAGCCUUCAGGUCUGGCUUUAGCCCCGGAGGAGCCCUGGAGAUGCCUGUAUGUGGCCGAUAGUGAGAGCAGCACCAUCCGCACGCUCGCACUGAAGGAUGGAGGCGUCAAGCUGCUGGUCGGCGGAGAGAGAGACCCGAUGAACCUCUUUGCUUUCGGGGAUUUAGACGGGAAAGGGGUGGACGCCAAGCUGCAGCAUCCUCUCGGUGUUUCCUGGGCUCCUGAACAAAGCCUGCUCUAUGUGGCCGACUCCUACAACCACAAGAUCAAGGUGGUGGAUCCAAAGACAAAGCAGUGUAGCACAUUAGCAGGGACAGGAGAGGCUGGAGAUAGUCUGGGUCCUGAAUUUAACAAAUCCUGCUUCAACGAACCUGGAGGGAUCUGUGUCGGCGACAACGGGAAGCUUCUUUAUGUGGCAGAUACCAACAACCACCAAGUGAAAAUGCUGGACCUCGACUCCAAGACUGUCUCACUGUUCCCUAUAUCCAUGGACUGCACAGACUCAGUACCCACAAAGCCUUCGGCUCCUGCCAAAGCCCCCACGCUGCCUAAAUCAGCUGUCAGGAAAGCAAUGCCACCAGUAGCAGUGUCUGCGGGCCAGACUCUCAUCCUGUCACUCACACUGUCCCUUCCAGAAGGAAGCAAACUCACUGAAGAAGCUCCCAGCUGCUGGGCUCUGUCAGCUGAGGGUAACGAGUGGCUGCUUGACAAUAAGGUGGUUACCGGUGACAUUUUGGAUCUGUCGAAGCCCCUCUCCAUCUCAACCAAACUUCCAGCUGUUGUGAAGGAACCAAACAGCAAUCCAAGCCUCACUUUGGGGGUAUGGAUGUACUACUGUAUGAAAGCAGGUAACACCUGUACGAUGAAAGCAGCUGCCUUCACUCAGCCUCUUCAAAUAAGUGCCAAUCAAGGAGGGAAAGAGGUCACUGUGGCGCUGACUCAUGCCUUCUAAAACCGCUUACUCGUCUUUGUCAGAACAGCCUAAGAAUUCACACUUUGUGCUGUUGCAACGUCAGUUUAACUUCGGGUCUCUUGUUUAUUGUUCUGGAAGAAGGAAAGAAAACAGAUUGUUUCUGAAGGGGCUGUCAACUUUUGACAAAAAUGCAUUUCACACAAACCUGAUUUUCAGUAGAAUUUCAUUUCAAACUACUCAGAAGCCCUCUCUACAGAACAUAAUGCAUCAGUGCUGUAAUGUCCUUGACCAUGCGUGACAGUUAUUGAUAGGAAUGCAAACAGAUACAUCCACAGGCAUCUUAUAAAGGCGGUACAGCAAACACAGCAGCAGCCUAAAGAUCUAUAUAGUAAUAUAUAUAUACAAAGUCCCAAGGACAGGUUGUACCAGCUAAAUGUAAGAAAACUGUCUCCUUUAGAAAUUGCUGUUUUAUAGAUGAAAAAGUUCACCCCAAAGACACUUUCUUAUUUAUCAGACACUAAAUGUACACUGAAAAUAAAAGCAACUCUGCAGAUUUAAUGAGAAACUAAGAAAUUAUGAUGAUCUAACUGGCAGCUGGUGAUGAUGGUGUCAGUGAUGGACAGACCAAUACCCAGGGUUUCUGUCUUUUAAAACUGUGGAGGAUUUAAAGCUCUUUCAAAUAUUAAAAGUAAAAGCCGAAGCCUCCGAUUAGCCUCACGUUUUCACCUGAACCAGCAGAUGUGAAUUUCAAAGACACAAAAAAAUUAUUGGAAGCUUUCUGUUUGUGUUUGAAACCAUUUCUC